AUGAGUGCAUCCAAACUCUAUAUUUUUCUGCGUCUUUUUUUGAGCGCCAGUGCUUUCACUCUCGAAGCUGGAACUCAUGAGGAUGUAACAAAAGCCUGCGAUGCUGCCAUAUCAACCGAGAUCGAUUGCCAUCGAAAAGCUAUCAGCUUCCUUAACGGAGGCUGGUACGGUUCACUUGAGAACGAUACUCUGACCGACGCAGUUUGCACCGACGCCUGCUCCCGAUCGCUUCGCGACUGGGUCAGCACGGUCUCAGAGGACUGCGAGGAUGAAGAUGAGGCUCGUGCCGGCCUUCGUAUCUGGGCAGGCUGGAAUGCGACUUGUCUCAAGGACACCAAGACAGGGCGAUACUGCAAUGAUAUCAUCUUGGAUUUCACCGAUAGGGGAGAAGAUAAGUAA